GCCGUGCCGGCGCGAUGUCGGGCUUCAGCCCAGAGCUGAUCGAUUACCUGGAGGGGAAGAUCCCCUUUGAAGAGUUCGAGCGGCGGUGGGAAGAGCGCAAGAGCCGCGAGAAGGAUGGUGAAAAUGCAUCUGGUGAGGAAAACACGGAAGAUACAGAGGCUCCAUCAUCAUCUAGAAAAGCAUCUGGGAAAUCCCAAAGUCAGGAUGAAACUGAUGGUGAAACUUCAGAUGGCGUCAGUAAGUCUGUUCAUCAGGUCUUUGCAUCCAUGAUUGGGGAAAAUGAAGAGGAGGAGGAGGAGGAAGAGGACGAUGAAGAAGAAGAGGAAGAAGAAACUACUGAGCAACCCACAGCUGGAGAUGUUUUUGUGUUGGAGAUGGUACUUAAUCGAGAGACCAAGAAAAUUAUGAAAGAGAAAAGACCUCGCAGCAAACUUUCUCGUGCCUUGAGGGGUCUGAUGGGAGAGGCCAAUAUCAGGUUUGCUCGAGGGGAGCAUGAGGAGGCUAUUCUAAUGUGCAUGGAAAUCAUUCGACAAGCUCCUCUCGCUCAUGAGCCGUUUUCCACUCUUGCCAUGAUCUAUGAAGACCAGGGUGAUAUGGAGAAGUCGUUACAGUUUGAACUGAUUGCAGCUCACUUAAAUCCGAGUGAUACCGAGGAAUGGGUCAGACUAGCAGAAAUGUCACUGGAACAGGAUAAUAUCAAACAGGCUAUUUUUUGCUACACAAAAGCUCUGAAAUACGACCCAACCAAAGUGCGUUACCUGUGGGAGAGAUCAAGCCUGUAUGAACAGUUGGGAUGAACAUAAAAUGGCUAUGGAUGGCUACAGAUGGAUUCUGAAUCUCCUGUCUCCCACUGAUGGAGAGCGAUUUAUGCAGUUGGCUAGAGACAU